CACUCAACCUGCUUCCAGCCUGCUUCCAGCCUUCAUCCCAAGCGCCUCAGUCCCACCACCACCACCACCACCACCACCACAACAGAAUCAGUCGUUCGCCCAAAUGUCAAGCACCGAAAUUCGAUACGCCGACUAUCUCGGCUGGACCUUUGUCCCUGCCGUCGUCGCCUCGGCCAUCUUUGUGGCCACGGACCUCAUCCUGCUCUUCAAUCUCGUCCGCUGCAAGACUCGGCCGGCCCGGCCAACCUUCUACAUCAUGAUCGCCUGGGCCACCUUCCGGGCUGCCGGCAUGAUCUCCCGCGCUCUCUUGACAACUGAUGCGUUUGCGUCCAACCUGGGUCUCCUCAUCACCGCCGAAGUCCUGAUGAGCGUGGCUCUGCUGCCCUUGGUGCGCACGCUGAGCGCCAACCUCGUCAGGGUCAACAAGUCCAUCAUCCAUCUCAAGCACGGCCACGGCCAGAACCAAGGCCAAGGCCAAGCAUCCGCCUCCCACCGCGUCAACUCUCUGGGCCGCAGAGAGCUGGGCAAGCUCGAUCGCAUCCAGGGCGCCUCAUCGAUACUGCUCUUCAUCAUCAUCACCGCUCUGAUCACGGGUGCCGUCUGGAUCCUGAACACCCCCCCAGGUGUCCCCGUCGACCCGACCGCCACCACGCUCAGACUCGCUGGCUCCUGGGGCAUCGCCGUCUUUACCUGGAUCCAGUUCGCUGUUUGCGGCUGGACUCUGCUUGAGGCCCUGCGGCUGCCUCGCCCGGCUCAGUCGGGGUCGUAUGUUGUCGCAAACUCGUCCAUCCUGGUUCUCCAGGUCGUCAUGCUGAUCGUGCGAACCGGCUACGGACUCUAUAGCAACGGCGCCGUCGGCACCGCCCCAGCCGUCAUUCCCGAAGCCACAUUCUAUGUCCUCAGCUUGUUGCCCGAGCUGGUGUACGCAAGUCCCUUCCUGAUGCCCCGGCAGGUCGAGAAGCUGGAGCCCGCGAGCGACGAAACCGAGAAGCAAGCCGACACCAGCAAUAUCUGAGCAGCUCGAGCAAAUGACCCACGCUUCUCGCCGUGCAUCCGAUGCGAGCAGAUGCCAGCACCAUUCCCCCCCCCUCUUCCUCCCACUUUUCUUGAUCAAAAGUAGGCGCUUUUCUGCGGAACAAGUUACGACUUUGCAAAUUUGGCGACUUUGUUAAUUCAAUAUAUGUCUGAGCUAUGACUGUG